CAAAAACCCUCUGUAACUCUUUUUCAGAGCCAUCUUUCUCUCAAUAUAUAAAGGAAGUGCUGUAUGUCAGGCAAAAUGAAUUUGGGCAGCUGAAAAAACAGACACAGCAAAGACGAGCAUUUUUGUGUCUGUGCAGCUGCAUCAUGGACAUUAUAAAAGUUGAUGUAGGUGCCAUGGAACAAAGCGUUGCAAUGAAACUGAGCAUUAAGGAUCAGAUGCUGGUGAAGAAAUACUCCACACAUGGAAAGGAGAAAAGUGAAGAUCUGCAGUCGCACCCACUCGCUAAACACGAUGACAUGGUUAGAAAAGUUCACACCCUACAGGAAAGCCAGUUCUUCCAGAAACUGUGGAAGCUGAAAGCGGAACGUGCCAAGGAUGUUUUCCCAGACAAAGCCCUUCUUUCCCUGGAUGAAGUGCAGGAAAACAUUUACCUCCCGGCCAUGGUCCAUUUUCAAACCACCUAUCUGGCCCUUAAAAAUUUUUCCAUCAGCCUUGGUGACAUUGAGAGACAGUUUGGAAAGCUGCUAACAGAUGAAAAGCUGCUAACAGAUGAAAAGCUGCUCAGAAAUGAAUUUAAAAUCAUGGAGAAGAGCGAGGGAGGAUCCGGCAGCAAGUCUGAGUGGGCUGAGGCCGCAGUGGUUAAGAUUACAAGCUACUUGAAGCUCUCCACGGUGGUGAAGACAGCCAAAAUGAUAGAUGAACUACGAAAGAUACUGGGACUCAGUGGAGAUUUCCAGCUCCUUGAUGACCUGACCAAAUACGAAGACGAGGACUUCAAGGACAAGACUCUUGGUUAUAUAACUCAUGACAUUGUAAAGGUUAAAGAUACUCUGAGUAACAUCCCUGAGAUUGUGCUUGACUUCUUGAAGGAAUUUCUUGAGUGUGCAAAGAAAGACUUUAUCUCUUGGAUCACAACCGUCAUAAAAGACAAAAUGGAACUUCCUACAUUUGUGGAGCUGGCGUCCAUUUCUGCAGGAGAAAAUGACAUGGACAUUGACAAAGUGAGGUUCUUCCGAGACGCUGUCUCUGCCUCUGUGCCCUUCUUAUUCGACUUGACUCCGGAAUCAGGGUUUGAAGCUUUUUCCUCAGCUCUAAGUCCCAUCAGAGACGCUGUAGAAAAUGACAAUAAACUUCCAAAGAAGCUAAAAGAUUCCUGUCAGAACAGAGAGUGGCUGCAAAUGGUCCAUGAUUGUCAUGGGUCCGUGGAGCGCUCCUCGCUGUCUCAGGCCAGGGCCAUCAAUGGCAAUGGGAUUUUUAUCAUCUCCACACCUCAGAAAUUCAAGCCUUCUCUGGAUAAUUGCAUUUCACUGCUGCUGCCAGGGGAUGUCGCGGAAAAGGUUGCUCAAGGAGACCAGACAGACAAGACGGAUUCUAGAACGUACAGCCUGGCUCAGCUCACGGAGCUGCAGAACAAGCUCAUGCUGAUAGCCACAAAGGCUGAGCAGGGCAGAGAAGAGGUGAACAGGUUCCUGGAGGUAAAUCCCGAUCUCUGCAUUAACCAGAAAAUGUGA